AUGCCUUCAAUGCCGGCCCUCACGUUCCGCUUUGAGAUCGAAGAUGAGGGUAACCAUGGCAACGAUGACACGCGGCUGUUCAUCCUGUCGACGUUGGCGGGUCAGCACAAGCCGAGGGUAACCUGCGCUCUGUGCAAAGAGACCCUGCACGUUUUCGACCGGUAUCCGCUUGUGGACGGCACUUUCUUCCUAAGCCCGCGACAACAUACCAGCGGCGCUGUCGAGGUAAAAGUGGAAGGUCGCACGCAGUACCUGACGUGUGUGUGCAUGGGCUGCCUGGAGCGAUGCGACCCCGAGCGCACCAUCCGCUGCCGGUUCUGUGGACAGAAGUGGGAUGGCUCCUCUCUCGUACUCGGCACCAUGUACUCUUAUGACAUCUUCAUGGCCACGCCCUGCUGCGCUGAGAGACUGAAGUGCAACAACUGCUUCAAGGCACUGCUUCACCCCCAGCAGCGGCUAAACUACUCGGACUACUCACACCCCAUGGCGUGCCCGCACUGCCGCGUGCUUGACACCCACUUCGUGAAGCCGCUGAGCUAUUGUUUCACAAAGAGGGCCUUCCCGCUGUUCCAGCAGUGGCCAUAACAGUCGGCGGUGCCGGGAGGCUCUCCCGGCACCCCCCCUUCUUCUGACUCGUGGGGCCUGGCUCCGUCGCCACCGCGACGCGCCUCCCCCCCAGCGCUGCGUCCCGUCGUCAACACUAGCAUGGCACCCCGUGUGCUUGAACCACUUACCGAUGAACCACAAACACCCAAGUACGUUUCUCCAACCCUUGCGAGCAUAACUGAGUCGUUGUCUCUGCUCGGAGUGAGCCCCGAGACGCUGGCUAUCAGCCUGGGCGAGACGCUGGCCGAGCGCUACCUGGCGUCGCUGCGCAACAAGCCGGUGGAGCGGGCGGCGGAGCGCACGGUGGAGCGGCCCAUGGAGCGACUGGGCGGGUGCGGCAUCCCGCGCCGCACGCCCAGCCUGGCCGAGCCCUCGCUGCAGCUGUUCUCCAACGACUUCAUCGACAUCUUGAACCAGAUCGCAUAAGCUCGUGGAGUGUACGUGACGGAUAUGACGCGGCGACUAUUGGACUUCUCUGUGUUGCAAUGUUUGUUUCUUGGACUUUACUGCGUCCGGUGACUCCGAGACGCUAGAAAUAAUUUCUGUUAAAUUAAGUUGGUAUUAUUGAAAAUAAUUUUAUGUGUCAGUUUAGAUCGUACUAUUGAUUUUAUUUUAAUUUUAUUCUGCACUUUGUUGAUUAGGAGUUGAUUUUAUCAAAAAUAAUAAUUAGCGAUAGAGUGAUGCCAGAAAUUGCAUUUUUUGUUUCGGAUCAAUCUUAAAUUGGAGAACUUGAUUUCCUUUUGAAGGAGUAAAGGCGUGAGUUUUUUAAAUUAUUGAUUACCUUGUAUUUCAGUGAUACUGAUGACCCUAUCUGAUAGGGGCGUUUGAGUGGAGUGUUGUUUAGUUCAAUUUAGUUUAUUAGUUAUGUUUUAUUUUAGCAAAAUUUUAAACCUAACUUAAGUGUUAUACAAUAUUUUCGUAGGUUUAUUGUGAACUUUUAUUUCCUCCCACCAGAUGGCACUUUAUAGUGUAAGGGAAGUCUACUUCUACUAAAGAUGCCAUGUUAGGUUAUCGUCUUUAAUAUCAGUUCAUUUACUUAUUAUUAUAUUUUCACAUACAUACCUUAUUUAAACAGUAAUGGUAGAGGAUUAUAAUUGUAAGUACCUAAUUGCUGUGUCACCAAUAAUAUGAUUAGCCUGUCUAUAAUUAUUACCUGUACUCUAGGGUUAUGUAAUGUCGAAUUGUUGUUUUACUUAUCUUUUCAAAUAUUUAUGUCUCAAUGAUUAACGGACUGCAUGAAGAUUUAUGAAAAAAAAAUAAGCAAAUAUAAACUUUUUGGAAUAGUGCCAUAUCAGUUGAGAAAAGGUGGAAUACUCCUUUUGAAAUAAUAAAAAAAAAAUAUUUAAAAAAUGAAUGCCGCUAAUCAUUGAGAAAGUACGUUUAAUUUUUAAAAAAAG